UCGUCGCCGUGUAACGCGUUCGCCAACCACACAUGCCGCAGCUGCUCCGGCGCGUGCACGUGAAACGUUUUGAAUUUUUACCGUUUUUUUGUUCGUCCUCUCCCCCCCCCCACCGGACCCAACUCGCUCGCCUUUGUACACACGAUAUUCGACGUUUUCGUACGCUUUUUUUCCCAAGUUUUUUCCGCGUAAACUCACAACGGACGUCACGCCCGUCUAUUUCCGUCCGACUUCCUGGACGCGUUUUCGUUCGCUUUUACCCGCCCGCCCGCCGCCCGCUGGACUUUGGCCUAGUUUCAAGAAAAACAUCCGAGUGCAUCCGCGGUAAUAAUAAACCUCGCGAAAGGUCGACGACUGCGGCGCCGUUGCGCUUACGGGCCCCGCGUCGGUCGGUCGCCCGCGAAACCACGGCCAGUUCUAUUCGGAGCGCCCGGAAAUGGACAGGGACGACCGCCGUCACGUGUUGUCCGGCUCGUUCGACGGCCUCUCCGACGACGACGGCCACCACCACCGUUUCAAGAGCUCGUUCGCCAAGUCGAUGGCGCUGGAGACGACCAAGUCGCUCGGCUUCGAUCUGAACCUGACCGGAAACGAUCACCGCCACCGGUACAACACCAUCGGCUCGCAGCGCCAGGUGAAUCGAAGAAAUUCUCAGAGAUUGGAAUCGAAUAAUGACAACAAAGAAUCAUUCGAAUUCAUUAGGAAAGAGUACAACAAUUUACAAAAGCUUUACGAUGACUUGAGGGCCAAACACGAAAAACUCGUGCGGAAUGAUGCCAACGACCAGGCACCUAGCAUCGAGUUAACACUGGCAAAGUCCCAAGUUGACACUCUUCAGUGGCAACUAAAGCAGGUCGAGGCGAGUAAUCAAAUGUACAAAGCUGUGUUAGAACAAGUGUCUAAAUUUUUGGAAAAAGCCCACACGUCUUUGAAUAAUAUUCAAGACAAACCUAAUCUGCCCAUUAGGAACAGGAGACUGUCGUUGAAAAGUAACAAAGAAGAAUAUGCAGAAAAGCUCUCGCUCGAAGCGUUUAGAUUGUAUCGUACUGUUCAGUCUAUAAUUCAUACUAAAGAACCAGAUCUAGUCCAACACUUAACACCGUGCUAUAGCACUCUGUUUGAGAAGAACAGUAACUCGUCGCAGAACUGCAGUUGUGAUUCUUUACCGGCCGUUUGCAACGGUGUGAAGUGCUUGGAAGUUUCUAGCAGCAGUUCCAAUCAUAGCGAUACAUCCACUAAAGGAUCUGAUUUCUUCAAAAAAGAAACCAAACAGAAGAACAAUGUCGUUGAAGAUGAGAGUGGUUUUUCAUCGAUCAGCUCACACGACAACAGUAAUUCUCCUACUUACCCUGAAUUGGGAUUGCCACCAACCGGCCAUUUGCCUAUUCAUAAAUUUUCAAGAAGGUGGAGUUCUGUGUCCACUACGCCUAUUAAUCAAUCAUUCAAUUACCACACGACUGGAAGUUCCAACGCUUCGACGCCCAUAAAAGUUUGUUGGGUAUAACUACAGUGUACAAUAUAUAUAUAUAUUGUAUCUAUAAAAAGACUUAUAUAUUCAGUAAUUUAUUGUUUUUAUUAAUUUUAAUUAAUUUGUUUAAAAAUAUUAGCCGAGUUGGCAAGCAUUUAUGGGCACUAUUAAAGUUUUUACGAUUAAUGUUUUCAUAUACAAUCUUAAUUUUUCAUGACUGCCUCAAAUUAUAUUUUAAUAUU